AUGGCGGCAGAAGCGCUGGAGGAGGCCGCGGCAGCGUGGGCGACGCCACCGCCCAAGCAGACGGCAAUAAUGGACGCCCACCACUCGCCGCCGGCGCAGCCGGGGGCAGAGAGGCAUGGCAGCUUCAGCUACGACAUCGAGAGCACGGACGGCCCGUGGCACGGUGCGGGGGCGGGGCAGUACCGAUCGUCGGAGGCCCUGCUGCGGUACGACGACGACGGGCCCCGGGAGCCGCUGCUGCGGAAGCGCACCAUGAACACCACCUCCCAGAUUGCCAUCGUCGGCGCCAACGUCUGCCCCAUCGAGAGCCUCGACUACGAGUACGCCCUCCACACAAACCGCCUCCUCUCUGUCUCCCCCUCCGUGGCUCCGUUGGUUGAUAUUGUCAACUUCCCGAAUGCUUUCUGUGCUGAUUCGGCGAAAAUGUUUGAUCUGUACUGUUUUCUCGUGGUGAUUGAGACGAAGGAUCGUUGGUUUUACCCCCAAAAGGACGGCAAGAGCAAGAUCAUAAUUGUGGAAAAUGACCUUUUCAAGCAAGAUUGGCGAUCAAGAAAGAAGAAGCAGAUAUUCCAGUAUAUUGUUCUCAAAUGGUCCUUGGUUCUUCUUAUUGGCUUGUGUACUGGACUUGUUGGCUUCUUCAAUAACCUUGCAGUUGAAAACAUUGCUGGGUUCAAACUGUUGCUUACAAGUGAUCUAAUGCUCAAGCAUAGGUACUUCACAGCAUUUCUGGCAUAUGGAGGUUGCAAUCUAGUCUUGGCAGCUACUGCUGCAGCGAUCUGCGCUUACAUAGCACCUGCUGCUGCUGGGUCUGGUAUCCCUGAAGUUAAAGCAUACCUUAAUGGAGUUGAUGCUUAUGCUAUAUUAGCUCCAAGUACACUGUUUGUGAAGAUAUUUGGUUCAAUACUUGGAGUUUCAGCUGGAUUUGUACUUGGAAAGGAAGGUCCCAUGGUACAUACAGGAGCAUGCAUUGCCAACUUACUUGGUCAAGGGGGGUCACGCAAGUACCAUCUGACAUGUAACUGGCUCAGAUACUUUAAGAAUGAUAGAGAUCGGCGGGAUUUGAUUACUUGUGGCUCUGCUGCUGGAGUUGCAGCAGCAUUCCGUGCGCCUGUGGGUGGUGUGCUCUUUGCUCUUGAGGAAGCAGCAUCAUGGUGGCGAAGUGCUCUCCUGUGGAGAACAUUCUUUACAACUGCUGUUGUUGCUGUUGUGUUGAGGGGCCUGAUCGAGCUCUGUCGUAGUGGAAAAUGUGGUCUCUUUGGUCAAGGAGGGUUGAUUAUGUUUGAUCUUAGCUCAACCGUCCCGAGUUACAGUACCCAGGAUAUCAUUGCAAUUAUUGUCCUUGGAAUAAUUGGUGGGGUCUUUGGGGGCCUGUUCAAUUUUCUCUUGGAUAGAAUUCUCCGAGCCUAUAGUUUUAUCAAUGAGAAAGGUGCUCCAUACAAGAUUCUUCUUACUGUCACAAUAUCAAUCAUCACAUCAGCAUGCUCCUAUGGGCUACCUUGGCUUGCUCCAUGCACUCCGUGCCCUGCUGAUGCUGUGGAGGAAUGCCCUACCAUUGGCCGCUCUGGGAAUUUUAAGAAUUUUCAGUGCCCGCCGGGCUAUUACAAUGGUCUUGCAUCGUUAUUCUUCAAUACAAAUGAUGAUGCCAUCCGCAAUCUAUUCAGCAGUGGCACGGAGAAUGAGUUCCACAUGUCCACUCUUUUCGUAUUCUUUACUUCAAUUUACUGCCUUGGCCUUGUGACAUACGGUAUUGCUGUUCCAUCUGGUCUCUUUAUCCCUGUUAUACUUGCUGGGGCUACGUACGGGCGCAUAGUGGGGACCCUUCUUGGCCCGAUAUCGGACCUUGAUCCUGGACUAUUCGCACUUCUUGGUGCAGCAUCUUUCCUCGGUGGAACAAUGAGGAUGACUGUCUCAGUCUGUGUGAUACUUCUGGAGCUCACCAAUGACCUUCUUAUGCUCCCGUUAGUCAUGCUCGUUCUUCUGAUAUCAAAGACUAUAGCCGACAGCUUUAACAAAGGGGUUUAUGAUCAGAUUGUAGUGAUGAAAGGUUUGCCAUUCCUGGAAGCUCAUGCCGAACCAUACAUGAGGCACUUGGUUGCUGGCGAUGUGGUGUCUGGGCCACUGAUCUCCUUUUCAGGCGUCGAAAGAGUGGGGAAUAUUGUUCAGGCGUUGAGGAUCACAGGCCACAAUGGAUUUCCAGUGGUCGAUGAGCCACCUCUAUCAGAGGCUCCAGAACUUGUUGGGCUUGUGCUUAGAUCCCAUCUGCUGGUCUUGCUGAAAGGCAAGGGCUUCAUGAAAGAGAAGAUGAAAACCAGCGGUAGCUUUGUGCUGCAAAGAUUUGGUGCCUUCGAUUUUGCCAAGCCUGGUUCAGGAAAAGGUCUGAAGUUUGAGGACCUGGAUUUCACUGAUGAGGAAAUGGACAUGUACGUCGAUCUCCAUCCAAUUACAAAUACAUCGCCGUACACGGUGGUUGAGACCAUGUCACUUGCAAAGGCCGCCGUCCUUUUCCGGGCACUGGGACUAAGGCACCUGCUCGUUGUGCCGAAGACCCCAGGGAGACCUCCAAUUGUUGGAAUCCUGACGAGGCACGAUUUCAUGCCGGAGCAUAUUCAUGGGCUGUUCCCAAAUAUACACAAGUCGCACUAA